AUCUCACCCACGCACCUGCUGCUGGGAAUAUCUUCCUAAUACGACAAGUCGAGUCAUUACUUCGUGUAGCGGAUGUGUGAAAAGACUAAGGUGGGUAUAUAAAGCGGCUGGUCUUCACUUCAGCUUUUAGUGCACUCCAAACUCAGGGAGACACUAAACGAAAAUGUGUGACGACGAAGUAUCUCCCCUUGUCGUGGACAAUGGCUCCGGGAUGGUCAAGGCUGGCUUCGCCGGCGACGACGCUCCUCGUUCUGUCUUCCCCUCCAUCGUCGGCCGCCCUCGUCACCAGGGUGUAAUGGUCGGCAUGGGUCAGAAGGACGCAUACGUUGGCGACGAGGCCCAGAGCAAACGAGGUAUCCUGACUCUCAAGUAUCCUGUUGAACACGGCAUCAUCACCAACUGGGACGACAUGGAGAAGAUCUGGCACCACACCUUCUACAACGAGCUCCGCGUUGCCCCUGAGGAGUCCCCCGUCCUCCUCACUGAGGCUCCCCUCAACCCCAAGGCCAACCGUGAGAAGAUGACCCAAAUCAUGAUAGAAACAUUCGGGACUCCAUCCAUGUACGUGGCAAUUCAGGCUGUGCUGUCCCUGUACGCCUCAGGCCGUACCACUGGUAUUGUGCUGGACUCCGGAGACGGCGUUUCACAUAUGGUACCUAUCUGGGAAGGAUAUUGCCUUCCUCAUGCAAUCAAACGUCUUGACCUGGCUGGACGUGAUCUGACAGCGUAUCUCAUGAAAAUUUUGACUGAGCGUGGGUACUCAUUCACCACCACGGCUGAGCGAGAAAUCGUUCGCGAUAUGAAGGAGAAGCUUUGCUAUGUCGCUCUUGACUUCGAAAGUGAGAUGAACGUGGCUGCUGCCUCCUCUUCCCUCGAGAAAUCCUACGAGCUGCCCGACGGUCAGGUCAUCACCAUCGGCAACGAGCGCUUCCGCUGUCCCGAGUCCCUCUUCCAGCCUUCCUUCCUGGGUAUGGAAUCAGCUGGCAUCCACGAGAACAUGUACGACUGCAUCAUGAGGUGCGACAUUGAUAUCAGGAAGGACCUGUUUGCCAACAACGUUCUGUCUGGCGGCACCACAAUGUACCCUGGUAUUGCUGACCGCAUGCAGAAGGAAAUCAUUGCUCUUGCUCCUCCAACCAUCAAGAUCAAGAUCAUUGCUCCUCCUGAGCGCAAGUACUCCGUAUGGAUCGGUGGUUCCAUCCUUGCCUCUCUCUCCACCUUCCAGACCAUGUGGAUCACCAAGGAGGAAUACGACGAGUCUGGCCCCGGCAUUGUCCACCGCAAGUGCUUCUAAAUUGAAUGAUAUUUUUUUCCUAUUAUAUAUCCAGAGCUUUAUAUAAAUAAAAUAUCUUUUGUAUGAAUUAAUAAAGACAAAAAAAAUCA